CUGUGACGUCACGGCCUCCGAAAGGAACUUGCUGUUGACUGUUCAAUUCCGGGGGAUGUGUUGCUAUCAUGAGUAGACGCGCUCGUGUGCGUGAGACUCUGUAGCUCGGGUUGUACCAUUGGUUAAUGCAGCGAGCGGGUGUUUGGGGCCCUCACAUGCUGAGCAGAGUCUGGACACUGAGCAGGCGCCUCUCCACCAUGAGGCUCCAGUCUGAUGAGUUUAACGCUUUGUUUACCGACGGGUUAAAGACACUGGCAAAUCUAUUCGCUAAAGACCGUUAUGAGCUUCGUAUAGCAGGAGGGGCUGUGAGAGAUUUGCUCUCUGGAAAACAACCGCAUGAUGUGGAUUUUGCUACCACGGCCACUCCAGAGCAGAUGAAGGACAUGUUUCUCAAGGACGGGGUCCGGCUGAUCAAUAAUAAAGGCGAGACGCACGGCACUGUCACUGCCAGGAUUAAAUCAGAAUUUGAGAUCACGACUCUGCGGGUGGAUUGCACACAGAUGGGCGACAUGCUGAGUGGAAUUCACGACAGACUGGAGAUAGACGCAGAACGCCGAGACCUGACCAUUAAUUCCAUGUUUCUGGGGUUUGAUGGGACCCUCUAUGAUUAUUUUAAUGGCUAUGAAGAUUUGAAGAAUCGUUGUGUUAGGUUUGUGGGGGAUCCAUCACAGCGAAUUCAGGAAGAUUAUCUGAGGAUAUUGCGCUAUCUUAGGUUCUAUGGAAGGAUUUCAGAGCGGUCUGGUGCUCAUACAUCGGGCACGCUGGAUGCAGUUAGGGAAAAUGCAUCUGGACUGAGGGGCAUCUCUGGAGAACGGAUCUGGGUAGAACUAAAGAAGAUCCUAGAAGGAAAUCAUGUCAACCAUCUGAUCCAGAUUAUCUAUGAUCUAGGAGUGGCACCACAUGUAGGUUUACCCGAAGAUGGAAACCUGGAGGAAUUUGCCAGAGUCUGUGAACGCAGUCGCCGCAUGUCUCCAAAACCGAUGACUCUCCUUACUGCUCUUUUUUCUAACACGGAUCAUGUGCAAAAACUGGACCUAAGGUUAAAGAUAUCCAAGGAGGAGAAAAAUUUGGCCUUGUUUUUGCUACAACAACGCAGAGAAUUGACAGCUGAACGAACAGAUGCAGCGCCGCUCAAGCCUUUUAAGGAUUACGUGGUUGAUUCACGUGAGCCGGAUACACACAGGAAGAUAUGUGAGCUCCUAAAAUAUCAGGGCGAGGAGCAGUUUUUUCGGGAGAUGGAGGGCUGGACGUUGCCCCGCUUUCCAGUCAGCGGCCAUGAUUUGCGGCGUAUGGGUAUCUCCUCUGGCAAAGAGAUUGGUCGAAUUCUACAGGAACUGAAGGAACACUGGAAGGGAAGUGGCUUUCAAACUAGUAAAGAGGAGCUGCUGAACAGAGUUGGGCAUAAGUGAAUCUCCUACAUUAAGAGACAAUGAAGGAAUUUGUUCUUGUCAAGGAGAACCCAAACAAUUAAGGAGCAUCCGUAUGGCUCCAGCACAGAGAAGUUUGCUAGCCAGUAAAGGUGUAUGAUUUAAAAAUGACAUAUAAUUGAAUAUGCUGGCAUGGACCAGAGACUCCUGGUGCCUCCCAAGAGUUUUGAAUUGUCUUAGUUCAACCAAAAAACUUUGAGAUGAGUACAGCAGUCACUUAGAUAGAAAUGAAUAAAGACAGAGAGGUGGCUAUUACUUCACAGAUUUUAUAAGUUCUCAUUUAAAGUUCUAUUUAUUACUUUGCUGUAGACAUUAAAAUUUUUGCAGUGCAAUAUUCACAUCUCAAUUAAGAGAGAAAAGGACAGGUACAAAGAAAGCAGGUCCCACACCGAUGACUCGGUGAGUGGUUUAAGAGAGGGACAAGAAAAGGUCUAGACAUAAUAAUAAAAAUGCUGCUUCUAUCAGUGCACUUCUUCUUGUUACCACACUGAGGCGCUGCUUUAUUAUUUUACACUCCUUUAGAGAAUAGAGGUUUUCUGACUAUACAUGCUAGAACUGGAAGGCCACACGUGUGUAACCCCUACAUUUGCAAUGAUUCCUGGUGCAAAACAAAAGUGGGCAAUCUAACUGCCCUAACCUUACACACACACACACACAAUCUACUGUCACACAAAAUAAAAUCUAUUAAUUUACUGAA